CCCCCAAAUCCCCAGUGUUCUUCAUCGACAAAGAAACCCUAGAAAGAUUUAUCAGCCGAUUUUAGUUGAUUACAAGUAGAAAAAAUGGAGACGGUCAGUGAAAACACGAUUCCUUCCCUUAGGGAUGAAUCAGACGACGAAGAAGAGAUGGAGAGACACGCUUUCCGGGUUGAAGAAGAUGUAGCUGCAUUCAUCAACGAACCUCCCAUCCGACAUAACAUCUAUCCCGAUACCGAGAAUGAUAGUGAUACAGAUGAGGAGGAAGAUGGUGAAGAGCAACAAAUGAAACGACAGAGGACAAGAGAGCGUUAUCGAAUUAGAAGAGGUGAUGGGAAUCUCUUCGAGGGCCAAGUAUUCUUCAAUGGAGUUGCAUUCAAAGAGGCGGUAUUGGACUACGCUCUAAAGACUGGUCACAAUAUCAAGCAGUAUAGGUAUGACAAAACCAAACUUGGUUUUAGUUGUGUUGGUCGAAAUGUGGAUUCACACUGUCAGUGGCGUGUUUAUUGCUCGAGUAAAGGAGAACCAGAGAGAUGGUAUGUUAAAGUGUACAAGAAUGAACACAGCUGUGUUCCAAAUGGAGAAUGUGAGAUGCUUAAGGUCCCUGUGAUAGCUAGGCUGUUUGUUGAUAAGAUAAGAGAAGAACCAAAAUAUUUCAUGCCAAUGAAGAUAGAAGAACUGAUCAAGGAGAGGUGGAAGAUCACGGUUUCUAGAGCACAAUGUCAAGCUGCUCGAAAUAAAGCAAUGGCGUGGAUUCAGAAGGAGUAUGAGACUCAGUUUGCUCGAAUCCGAGACUAUGCUGCCGAGAUUCUCGAGUCAAAUAUCAACUCUUCGGUGGAAGUCGAGACCAAGAGAAAUGAGGAAGGAAAAGAUGUGUUCAACCGUUUCUAUGUGUGUUUCGAUGUGCUUAGGAGGUCAUGGCAGGAUACAUGUAGACCUCUUAUUGGGAUGGAUGGCACAUUCUUGAGAGGAAAAACUAAAGGACAGUUGUUAGUGGCUCUUGGUCGAGAUGGGGAUAAUUCAAUCUACCCCAUUGCUUGGGCAGUUGUUCAAGUGGAAAACACUCCAAAUUGGGUGUGGUUUGUGAAGCAUAUCAAGACAGACUUGGGUUUAGGAGAUGGUGAUGGAUAUAUUAUGGUCUCCGAUCGUCAGAAGGGACUGAUCAAGGCAGUUCAGUUGGAGCUUCCGAAGAUGGAGCAUAGAAUGUGUGUUCGACACAUUUAUGGAAACGUGAAAGCUAAACAUGGAAAGAAGAGUGACAUGAAGAAGUAUAUUUGGCAACUUGCUUGGAGCUAUAAUGAGGCGGAGUACAAGGAGAAUCUAGAUAGGCUGUUCAACUACGACUCAGAGGUGUAUGCAGAUGUGAUGAAGACUAAUCCAAUGACUUGGGUUAGAGCUUUCUUCAAGUUGGGGAACUAUUGUGAAGACGUCGAGAACAACUCAACUGAAUCUUUCAACGCCUCCAUCGUUUCUGCCCGUGAAAAGCCAAUGGUACCAAUGUUGGAUACCAUUGCGCGUCUUGCAAUGGUGCGUAUCGCUUCUAGAUAUCUGAUUGCUCAAGAUCACAAGAGCAUAUGCACACCUUACGUGGUUGAUAUACUCGCUUUGGAGCACAAAAAAGCAUCACAGUGUACUGUUUAUAGAAGCACAAAUGGUAUGUGGUUGGUGAAUGUUGAUGCUUGUUCUUACCGUGUCAAUUUGGAGAAGCGGACAUGCACGUGUUCCAAAUGGGAUAUCACUGGGAUCCCUUGUGAACAUGGAUACGGUGUCAUCUUGGAUAGGAAACUAGACGCUGAGGAUUUUGUGUGUCACUGGUUUCGGACCACACUGUGGAGGAGGACAUACGAAGAAGGCAUAACACCAUUAAGAGGAGCACGAUUUUGGCCAACUUCUUCAGCCCCUGAAGUGCAUCCCGCUCCUGAGCCAGACCAGCCUGGUCGCAAAAAGAAGAAAGACAACAAAAGGAAAAAGGGCAAAAAUGAGUCUCCUGUGAAGAAGAAACCGAAGACGUUGAAGCGCAUUAUGCAUUGUGGACUUUGUGGUGCGCCUAACCACAAUAUUCGUUUUCAUAAGGAGGGACCCCAUAAGAAGGCUCCACAAGCUGAACCAUCUCAAACCUUUGCUAGUCAAGGUGAAUCCUCUCAAGCUUGAUGUUCUUUAGCGGUAACUACAGUAGGAAAGGAAGAGCAAGAAGUAUUUUUUGGGUUGUGUCUUCUUUCUUUUUUCGGCUAUUUUGUUGUUGUCAUCUUCAUGGUUGAUGAACAAGAAUCCUUCUACUUAUUUUGGUGUUUUCUUCCUUUUGUAUGGACAUGACUCGAUCAUGUAGGUUAUAACCAAGAAAAUACCAACAUUUUCAUUCAUUAAACAACAUAAAAAACGUCAAGUACAAGUACUACUUCAUAGCAUUAAACAACAUUUAUCGAAAUGAAAUCCAUCACACAAGCUUAAUGAUGACAAACCCAACAACACAAGCUAUUACAAUUCCAGCACACAUCUUCUUCAUGCUCCAUUUCGCUUCCUUUAACACUUCCUCCAUCUUGUCGAAAAGCUCUGUCUCUAGCUUCAUCUCCAUCUUCUCAAAUACCUUCUUCUCACUUUCUCCUCGUUCCAUCAUAACUUCUUUCACCAAUUCUUCAAGAUUACUCAUUUUGUUCUUCAGAACAUUAAUCUCUUCUAACAAUGCCUCAUCCACCCACUUGAAGAAAUGAUUAUCAUUCUCAAGCUAAAAUCGAUCAAUGAAGUUAAAAUCUGAGUUAUUGCACAAUCAAAUUAAUAAGAGUAAGCAUUACCUUUUUUGAAACAGCAUAAGAACACCUAUGGUAACGACGAUACGGAUUUUUGUCUGAUCUUGACAUCAAAGUCGAGAUUUCAUAUCCGCACCAACACUGUUUUGGGACACCCACGACCCUUUUCUUUGAACGCACCAUUGACGACCCACUUGAAGCUCCAGAAACAUCACUCAUCUUUCAAUUUCUCUUAUCUCUCCCACAAAUCAAUUUCCCCAAUUCAAUUUUGUUAGGGUUCGUGACUGUAAUUGUUUUAGGAAUCGGGGAUUUUAAAGACUAGGGUCGGGUUUUCAAACGGGUGUGGUUAUGUUUAAAAUGGGUUUAUUUUGGUUAGCUACUGGUUCACCCAAGUAAACCAUUAAAUUCGACGGUAUGGGGAAACAGAACUCGAUCUUUCAAAUUGGGGGGAUAUAGGAUUCGAACUUUUAUUUUGUGGGGAAAUAGAACGGGAUCAAAAGUCUGUGUGUAUCUAGUGAUAUAUGAUACUUCGCUUUGGGAUCAAACAUACUACGAAGGCACCAAAAAUGUGAAGUUAAAAGAGGAUCUAAAUUAAACUUCUGUAAAAGAAAAUGACCAAUAUCUCAAUUUACUGUAAAAAGAGGGAUUACAUAACAAAUAAGAAAAAAGGGAGUUAAAAGAAAGAAGGAAAAAAAAAA